UUUAUUAUUUAGUAAUGAAUAUGAAUAUCGGCCCUAGAUAAGGACAUGUUUUCCGAUAGUGUCUUCAGACAAUCAGACGUGAAAUCACAUGUAAAAUUUGAUAGAAACAUAAUUAGACGUUGGUAGGAAAAAAGAAGAAAGAAUAAGUGAUGCGAGAGAUUAGCUGUAAAGUGCAUUCCGUGUUGAUUACGGUGUUAUGUUCUCUCUGCGUCUCGCAGGAAAGCAUCAAUAUUUAAAUUUUCGCGUUUAAAUUAAAAUGAAAUGGGUAUUUAAUUAAAUGUUGGAGAGGAAAAGAAGAAAGGCGACAAGUCCGAACAAUUCAGCUGUAGAAAUCAAAUUUGAGGUUAGUGAUCCAAACAAAUGAUGUGAUUCGCGAAGAAAUUCACGGUCGGAAUUCGAUUAAGCUGCUGUGUGUGAAAGUGAAAAAUUAUUACGCGAUCGGUGCUGAAUUCACUCAUUCACUGCGUCAUGCACCGCAUGCGCGUCGAACGAUCAUUCGACGCGGGACCCGACUUGGGGCGAUGAAUGGAAGUAUGUGAAAAUUGGGAAAGUGAAGGGCGACAAGGCCGACAAGCGAUCGUUCGCAAUUGCACGGUCGAACGGACGAUCGCAUUCUAGGUCGCGACUCGCGAAGGAAUUCCCGUUCGUCGCCGGGCGUCAUUCUCGACGUCACUCUCACGCAAGUCUCACGUGUAGACGAACGGUUCGCGAUUAGCCGGAAUUUAUCCCACCCGCUCAGAGAUUCGGAGUUUCGGACGACGCUCGUAAACGCUGCCGGGACCGAUCGUCUUCUCGACGUGUCAUAUUACGUGUCAUUAUUCGGCUGGCAGCUGACUGGUGAUGAUCAAGACGUACAGGAAUCUCAACGGUAUCAUGAACAGGGUAACGGCGAUUGUGGAGAAAGAUCUUGGAACAGCGCAAGUAGCGCCGUUGCAAAGGGCCGCUUUAAAGGAACGCUGUAUCCUCGUGGACAAGCUGGACCGACCCGUCGGUGAAGCCACCAAGCAAGCUUGUCAUGAGAUCGAUACGGAGGGAUGUGUCCCGCUCCACAGGGCGUUCAGCGUCUUUCUGUUCAAUAGUAAAGGAGAAUUGUUACUCCAGAAACGAUCAAAUGUUAAGAUAACAUUCCCGGAUUACUAUACAAAUACGUGCUGCAGCCAUCCGUUAGCCGAGAUUCCCGACGAAACGGAAGAAGAAAACGCUAUGGGAGUGCGCAGAGCCGCGAUAAGAAGGCUCGGCUACGAGCUGGGCAUACCUAGCAGCGAGAUCAAGCCUUCCGAUCUAUUUUACCUGACAAGAAUUCGCUAUCAAGCGCCCAGCAACGAUCGUUGGGGUGAACACGAGAUCGAUUACAUAAUGUUUCUGCAACGAGAUAACAUCACCAUAAAGCCUAAUCCUGACGAAGUGAGCGAGACUCGAUGGGUGUCGCGAUCGGAGAUCGACAAUUUUAUGAAGACCACGUCGUUGCUGACACCGUGGUUCCGUCUGAUCUACAAAUUUAAACUGCUGCAUUGGUGGGAUAAUUUACAUAACUUAAGUAAAAUGCAAGAUCAUCAGAAUGUAACCAUGUUGAAGGAUUGAUCCGUAUACAUUGAUCCGUAUACUUGGGUAACCAAAGCAAAACUGGUCUGAAUGCAUAUUAUUAUCCAAGUCUUUAAAAUAAUUAUUCCCGUAAUUUAUAUUACUAAGACUCGAAAAAUGGGUUUAGAUUUAUGAACUUAAGUUUAUGGGAUACGUUUGUACCUGCAUUUUCUCAACGUAAAUAUUUUAGAUAUACAUACAUUGUGGAACCCUGGUAUUUGAAGAACGGUAACUUUUCUAGAUAUAAAGGCGAGCGGGUGUAUAUAAUUUUUAAUCGAAUUGAUCUGAGUUUCUGAAUCGUUUCUAAAUUUUUGUAAAAGAUUAAGAGCUCACUUAGACGUAUGUUGUAACUUAAGCGUUUAUUGUUGCAAAGUGUACACGUAUUUUGUUAAACAUCAUGUAUGAAUUGUAAGGAAAUAAAUUUAUUAUUCUACAUUUA